AUGUUCUUUUCAAAUUUAUAUCAGAAAUUAUUUAAAAUAUCUUUAAAUUCUAUAAUAUCAAAUAAACGAUAUGUCAGGAAUGGUCAACGUCAAUCAACUAUUCUCGAUAAUUAUGCAAAUAUUUAUCGACCUGAAAUUGAAAGUCAAUUGGAAAAUUUGGCUAUACAAACAACUAAAAAUAAAUCAUUACAAAUUAAUUAUGAAAUAGACCAACAACGUAAACGACAAAAUACAGUUCGAUAUCAUAUUCUAAAACGGAAAUAUGUUGUUCAUCCUAAUGAUAUUAAAGUAGAUCCAUAUGUUAAAAAUCAUAUGCAAUUUUUACAUAAAAACUAUCCAAAACGUUGGACAGCAGAAAUACUUGCUGAAAGUUUUAAUCAAUCUGUUGAUAAUGUACGACUGAUUCUACAACAACGAACAAGACGUCGUAUGCGAGUUCGACCACGUCCACCAACAACAUUAUUUGGUAUUAAAGAUGAAGAAGAACGUGAAAAACUUGUUCGUGAUCAUAUUAUUCAAAGAGAUAUAGGCAUUAAUAAUAAACCUGAUUUAGUAAAAGAUGAUGAUGAAGAACCAGUUGAUUAUCAAAUAUUAGCUGAAGAAAGUAAUCUUGUAUCACAAAAACGUCCAUCCGAUAUUUAUAUGAAAAGAGAUAAUGAUGGUUUCUUCUCAAAUAUCAUUUCAUCAUCCGAUGAAGAUCAACAAAAUGAACGUGACAUAUCAAUAAAGAAAAAACUUUUAACUUCUUCUUCUACUUCAACAUUACUCGAUCGUAUUAAUAAACUUCGUAUAAAUACGAAUAUAACUUCUGACACGUAUUCAUAUGAUCAAACUUCAGAAAUUUAUGAUAAACGUAUGGCAAUUAUACAAAAAAUGCAACAAACUAAUGAUACGAUUGUUGAAAUGAAUGAAAAAAAACAAAAAUUCCUUAAAAAAUCACCAGUAAAAAAAUAG